AUGCGCGCGCGCCGCGUCACUCCGACUACAAGCGCGAGAAGUACGGCCGCGGACCAGCAAUACGAAACAACACCAGACAAAGGGAUCAAGUGUAGUGAUUGUGAUAUUCUGUGUUUAAUCAUACUUCAUAUUCAGAUGCCAAAACUUGUCAGCUAUGGCGCAGUGGAUCUCGAACAUGUUUAUCAAUAUCCAGACUACAAAAGUUGUCUUGACCUAGCGGUUUCAGAAUCUAAUAAACUAGAAUUUGUAAAGUUACUUUUACAACAUGAAGUGGAAGUUAAUAAAAUUAACGAGACUCAUGGAGCAGCUCCAAUACAUUUUGCUGUUGAAAAUGGUAAUGCCGACGCUUUGAGCGCCUUAUUAGAAGAUGACAGGAUAGAUGUCAAUAUCAAGUGUAAGGGCAAUACGGCUUUAUUAAUGGCAAUCAAAAAAAUACAAGAUUCAGAUGAUGACCAAGAACGUGCAAUAUUUGAAGACAUGGUUGAGAAACUAUUGAAGGCUGGCUGUAAUGCAAAUUCGCCAGACUUGAGAGGUGUAACGCCGAUUUACUCUGCGGCAAAACAAAGACUCGAAAGAGUUGUGACGUACAUUUUGGACUACUCCAAAGAUCCUGUUGACUUUGACACAUACAAGGAUAUUAGAGGUAGAACAGCUAGAUAUUACAUGCAAGAAGCUUUCCCAGAUUUACUAGCUAGGCCUGAUUCUCAGUCUGCAAACGAAGAUACUAUUGAUGUUGAUAAAUUAUUUACACAUUUAAGUAGACAUGAAGAAGAUAGCUUUGUAAGAGAUUUCAAAAAGCUCGUUAGUAGAAACGAACACCAAUCUGUAUUAGCAGCUAAUAAUGGUAUGAACACGAUGUUACAACAUGCAGUUGACAAAGGUUUUGAAAAAGUCGUUAUGUUUUUACUCAAUUCUGGAGCUGAUCCAAAUGCAACUUGUUCCGGGAAUAAAAGUCGCCCCAUAGCUAUAGCUUGUCGUAAUGGAUAUUAUAAAAUACUCAAAAUGUUUGUGGACAACGAAUCCACAUUAUUUGAUCCAGUUGGCGGUGAAUCUCUAAUACAAAUAACUGUGAGAGGUAUGAGUUCUGCAUUACAAGGUCCGAAAGUAGAUUACAAAGGUUGCUUAGAUUUACUGUUAAGACAUCCUAAAAUGAAUAUUAAUAUUAAUCACCAAGAUAUAAAAAAUAGCACAGCCUUACAUUAUGCUGCCAGAAAUGGAGACAAUGAUACAGUCUUAGAACUGCUUAGAAAAGGCGCUUGUAUCGGAUUGUAUAAUAAAUUUAAUGAACUACCUUUAGCAGACAUAAAUGCUAAAACUUUUGAAACAUAUUUAGAUGAAUGUAUUACAUCAAACAGUGAACGACCAAGUGAUGACGAUUACGAAAUUCACAUCAAAUAUAGUUUUCUCGUGCAUCCUAACAAUUCUUUAGAAAAUGAAUUAUGCAAAGUACCGUUAAUAGAAAAUUCUAAUAACAAUAAUAGCGCGAUCGAAAAUUAUGAUGCAAUUUUAGCUCCGGAAACAGAAGCUUUACUCUAUAUGACAAGAAACGAAGACCUCCGUCCACUUCUUAAGCAUCCAGUAAUAACUAGUUUUCUAUACUUAAAAUGGCAAAGAAUAAGCAGUCUUUUUUAUGCAAAUAUAACAUUUUACUCAUUAUUAUGGUUGUGCCUGGUUUUAUACGUAAUACUAGGAUACAGAGUAGAGAAACAACAAUCAAAAUCAAUUGAAGCGUUAAACGUUGUGACUCAUAUAGGCGCAAUAAUCGGAUUGAUACUUUUAAUAAUUAGAGAAGUGUUUCAGUUAUUAGUGUCACCAACGCGAUAUUUGCAAAGUAUUGAAAACUGGAUGGAGAUUGCUUUAAUUUUCGUAACAGCAUGGAUUGUUUGUUAUGAUUCUGCAGAAGAAUCAACUAAGCAACAAUUAUCUGCAGUUGCUAUUCUAUUGUCAUCCGCGGAGCUUGUUUUGCUGAUUGGGCAAUUUCCAACACUAUCAACAAACAUCGUUAUGUUAAAAACUGUAUCAUGGAAUUUCUUUAAAUUCUUGCUUUGGUAUUGUAUUUUGAUAAUAGCAUUUGCAUUAAGUUUCUAUACAUUAUUCCGAAAAGAUUCAGAAGAAGAGGAUCAAAAAGCACCAAAUCCUAACAUUGGGGGCCAAGAGGAAGAAGAAGAAGAAGACUUUUUCUUGGAUCCAGGAAGAUCUCUUUUUAAAACAAUCGUCAUGUUAACAGGUGAAUUUGAUGCAGGAUCUAUUAAAUUUAGUACAUUUCCAGUGACUAGCCACAUAAUUUUUAUCGUCUUUGUUUUCAUGAUACCCAUUGUGCUAUUCAAUUUACUAAAUGGUUUAGCUGUUAGUGAUACCCAAGAGAUUAGGGCAGAUGCAGAAUUAGUAGGACAUGUAUCUCGUGUUAAGCUUAUAUCUUAUUUCGAGAGUGUACUUAUUGGAAAAGUGUACACAAAAUCACUUAAAUGGUGGCCGUAUCUUCAAUCAUUAAAUAUUAUUAAGCCACAGACAAUUUGUAUAAAACCUUUCGCAAGAAGAAUUAGCCUUUUCCCGUUCUUUUUGCCAAAAUAUCGAAUUAUCGUUAAACCUAACCAAGACAAUAAAAUAGAAAUUCCACACGCAGAACCUAUCGGAAAGUUUGGAGAUGAUAACGAUAUCGAAAGUGGAAAAUGUUGCUUUGAACAUUGCCAAACUUACAGGCUGGAUAGGAAAAUUGUAAAAAAUGCUAAAAUUGUUAUUAAUAAAAAAACAUAUGUAUCAGAAUUGGAUGAAAUGAAUAUCAAGCUUUCUCAAUUUGAAACUAAGAUUAUAAGUCUUGAAAAUACGUUAAAAAAGUUUUUGCAGAGGAUGGAAUUACAUAAA